AUGUCUUCUCUUGCACAACCGCAUUAUGUACGUUUAAAACGUUACAAUCUUACUAUAUUCCUUCAUUGUGACGUUAAUCACGACACCGUUCAAGCCAUAAAAGAACGGUACGAGAAGUUAACAGGACGUAUAUUCUACAAUGUUCGACUCUAUCUGGGACGACAAAACCUUGAGGAUUUUUCUACACUCUACAAUUGUGGAAUUGAAAGUGAGGGCGCUGAGCUUAUAGUAGUACAUUCAAAGGGUCCCAAGAAUGAUGGAACGGGUGAAUAUUAUUGGGAAGAAAUAGAAGAGGCGAUGAAACCGCCGCCAGCUCCACCUAAAGAAGAGCGGAAUCUAACACAAUCGGGUGGUGAUACAGGAGCAUCCUCUCGUGAGGGUGGAGAACAGACCGAAGAUAACAGCGGUCCUGUGUUAGUUUCACGCUCCGAGGGCGGUAGAGGUCUUCAUUUUGUAGAACCAGAAGUGGAGGCUGUUGACUCUUGA